AUGCCACGGGUUCCCAUGUUAAUUCCUACUCCCUUGCCAUGUCUCUAUUUUCUGUGGGUCAACGUCUUAAAAGGUAGAGUUGGUAUCUACAAAGUAACCCAGCAGGUUUCGGAAUUCGUUUAUUCUGCAGUGAAUCAACACAAGAAACCCGUUGUCGUGAAGAGUGUUGAAGGCCAUUGGCGCCUCCACAAUGAGCGUGACGUUCUCAAUCAUCCAGUGGAGCCCCCGGCUAUCAUUCUGAAAUAUCUUGAUGACGACGUGGCACGGGCAUCUAGGAAGCAAAGACUUACCAGGCCAGAACUCAAGUAUGUGGCGAAGAAUGUACUGGAAGCCUUGCAAGUGUUGCAUGAUGAUGGCUAUGUUCACACAGAUAUAAAACCGAGCAAUAUCCUCGUUAACUACGGUAACGGAAAGAGUCGAUUUUCAGACGUUCAACUGGCCGACUGUGGGGGUGUUGUCCCUACUGAUUCGGAGUACGCCAAAGAUGGUGUGCAUACCGGAACAAGCCUCUUUCGGGCCCCUGAGGUUCAUCUUGAGAUUCCAUGGGGCACUGCUGCAGAUAUAUGGAGUUUUGGGGUGACGCUAAUCAAUCAAAUUUGGGGUUUCAAUUUCCACAUAUUUGAGCCGGAUGUACCAGAAGGCCACGAGUUGUACGAUGUUAAGAUCCUGGUGCUGCAUCACCAGUGGUUUGGACCGUUCCCUAUCUCUUACAAAGAGAUUUGUGAUCAGCAGACACAAGAAAGUAUUGUGCGCAUUAUGUCUGUAAUUCCUCCUGAAAAACUGAAACCGUUUCGGUUCCUGCGUGAAAGGGAGAUCUGUGAUGCAGACAAGGCAUUUGUUCUUAGGAUUAUGAAGCUUGACCCGAGGGAUCGGCCUACCGCGAAAGAUCUUUUGCAGGAUGAAUGGUUUACCGAAAAGUCGGAGAGGACGGUAGGAUGGUAUUCCAAACAGGAGUAGG